CGUAUCGGUUGUCAAAACAGGCGGUGCCACCUUUUCUGUGAAAACAUCUGCAGGAAACAUUUCUCCAAGGCGCAGCGUGUCCUUCACGGGUGCAUUAAUUGUCACUUCCCGGUUCAUUCAGCAAGCAAUGUCGGCUAACGGAUCUGACUGCACCGACGCAAGGCGCCAGGAUGGGCAACCGUCGGAAGGUGCAGCGCCCAGUGCAGAGCCCAUGGCUGUGGAUGCCAACCCUUACAGCUUCAGAUACAACCUGCAAUACCCCAGCAUCGGCCGGUGCAUCAUCAUCAACAACAAGAAUUUUGACCGCAGAACAGGCAUGAAUCAACGGAAUGGCACAGACGUGGAUGCAGGCAACGCCAUGAAGGUCUUUGCCAAGCUGGGCUAUAAAGUCAAAGUGUACAACGACCAAACAGUUGAGCAGAUGAAGCAGGUCCUGAUUUCUGCCUCCAGAGAAGAUCACAGCGACGCUGCAUCCUUCGUCUGUGUUCUUCUGAGUCACGGCGAUGAGGGAGUUUUCUUCGGUACUGAUGGAUCCGUUGAGUUGAAAUACCUCACCUCGCUCUUCCGGGGAGACCGCUGCAGGAGCCUUGUUGGGAAACCCAAACUUUUCUUUAUCCAGGCUUGCAGAGGCACCGAUCUGGACGCAGGCAUAGAAACAGACAGCGGGGAUGACACCACCAAGAUUCCAGUGGAGGCUGACUUCCUCUACGCCUUUUCAACAGCACCUGGCUACUACUCCUGGAGGAACACGAUGACGGGCUCCUGGUUUAUCCAGUCUCUCUGCGAGAUGUUGAGCAAGUACGGAAAACAGCUGGAGCUGCAGCACAUCAUGACCCGAGUCAACCACAAGGUGGCGGUAGAGUUCGAGUCCAUCUCCAACUCGCCAGGUUUUCACGCUAAGAAGCAGAUCCCAUGUAUCGUGUCCAUGCUCACCAAAGAAAUGUACUUCUGAUCUUAAUAGCCAGAGAACCACUAGUGCGCCCUUUCGGAGGUUUUCAGUGUGUGUUUGCUCCGAUUGAAGUUUACAGUCAAACCUCAGGGUUCGCUCACAUUUCUUCUAUUAAUAAUUUAUGUUUCAGCAGUUCUUUUUUUUUACUUUUUUAACCACCCGAUGCUUCUGCUUCGUCAGAUUUCAGGGAACCGGUUCGGUAGGAAACAUAAUCUAACUUCAUCAUAUUCAGACUUUUGAUAGACCUUUUCUAUGACGGUAUAAAGUUUCUAACUUCUGUGCCUGUUUUCUAUCUCCAUGCAAGUGUUGACAGCAACGUACACCCUCUUCUCUGUGAGUCAUUUGUGGUUCACAUUUCACGACCGUAUUUUGACUGAUCAUGCAUUUGAAUGUUUUCAUUCCUUCGCUGUCAACUCUGUCCUGGAUAGGCAGAAAUAUGGCCUUCAGCAAACGCAACUAUUCAACAUAUUUGUUUCACUCCUGUGCUCCAGAAUUCCUUUCACCCCCAAUUUCUUUGUGAAGAGCUGAGCCGAGGCCUCCCACACCCUAAACUCUCCGUGGUCGUCGUAAAUUUUCAAGCACAAAAGUGGCAUUCAGUGAGAAAUAGAAAAGGGAAUACAACCUUGAAGCCAUCUUGAGUUUUUAUUUGACGUAUUUAUUGCUCUUUAGGUCCACAUCUUGUGGGGAACUAACCCGGAUGUCCACCCUAUUCAUGAUCUUUAACCUUCUCAGUACUUUGGUGGUCAUAAUCUCGAGCUGUAUUACUGGCCUUGUUUGUCUCGAGCCAGAGCUGUAACUCCUCGAAACGCCCUCCGACCCUUGGGCUCUAAAGGACGAAGAUGAGCUGGUGCUGGAACUGGCUGCUUCUUCAGGUCACACAUCGCCUUACCUUCUUCCUCAACCUUUGCUGUGCUUCUAGAAUAUUCUGACCAUUCAUCCGUUUAUCGCUGAAUAGACUGAUCAGUGUAUCUCACUGUCAAAGGUGCAUUUAAAAGAUUCAAACUCUGACAUUGUUUUUGGGAUGAUAGCCAUAAUAGUGGAGUGUAACGUCGUGUGCUUCCAUAUCAUGAUGUUGUCACAAGCUCCGCCAUUUUAGGCUACAAACGUAAAGUUUGUUUGACGUUAAUUUAAAGUUCUUUAUAUUGAGCUGGAAUAAUGUUGCUGUAAUGGCUACAUGCAGUUUAUAGUGUCACUGUCACUGUUCAGUCACAUCUUCACUCCUUUUUUCUCUCUCCUACUAAGAUGCACAUAUGCAAUAUUUUGAGCCAUGUUUCAAGGUUUGCAUUAAAAAAUCUCGCUGUUUCUAAAAAGGCAAUAAAUCACCCACAAAAUAUGACUUUGUAUUAAAUCAGGGAAAUUAAAAGAAAUGAACAGCCACCCUGACAACUGCUGUCAGUCACAUGGGCUGUUUUAAAAUGCGUUUGACAAUUGGAAAAUCCCAAUUUUUAGCGACAUGUUCGCACAUUUGCUUGCUGUUGUAAUUGUUCAUACACUGUGAAGUUGUAGUUCCACUGAAAAAUAAAAAGACAUUGUUGUGAAAUUCAA